AUGGAAGCUCCAUCCUUCUCUCUGGGCCUCGAUUUCACUUUCGAUUCCCAGCCACCUGAAACUGAACCUGAACCAGAACCACAGUCUCCAAUCCAUCCUCCUCCAAUCAACGAUGGCAACGAUUUGAAUCAAGAGGAAGUACCCGAUUCCGACCCGGAUGCCGCACCCGAAGACAUCGAAGAGUUCUCCUCACAAGACAAUGACCACGAUCGCCUUCGAGUAAAUGCACAUUCAUCAACAAGGAGCCAUCCAGUGUGUAGCAGCUCCAAGGUCUCAUUGAGUGGUUCUGGAUUUUUGACUCCUCAUUCGUCAUCUAGGGUUACAAAACGGAAGGAACCUUGUCCUGAUGAUGUUCCGGUUUCUGCUAAAAUGGAAACUGGUUAUCGUGGGUUGAUGUUUCCCAAAUUAACAACUAGUCCUCUCCGAAGGUUUAAGUUGCUCUCUGAUUCUGAUUCCGAUUCUGAUUCGGAUGUAGAGGAAAUUGUGGCGAGUAAAGAAAACAAGAAUGCAGCUGCUCCUGUUCAGCAAAGUACAACGAAAUCGAAGUGUAGUGUGGACCAAGAUCAUGACCUGUGGAAGGAUUUUUCUCCUGUAAAGAAAUUUUCGAUUCCCACACCUGCGUUUGAUGAGUUUUGUGAGGAGUACUAUCAGUCUGUGAAGAACAAGGGAGUAGCAAAUUCGGGGAUUGAUGUGGCUGGAAGUUGCUCCAAGAGGUCUCUUGGGGUUAAUACAGCAAAAAACAAGGAAUCUGAGAGCUCAGGGAUUCAUGUGGCUGGAAGUUGCGGAACAGGGCAUACGGGAGUUAAUUCUAGCUGCCAAGGUGAUCAGCAGCAUUGGGAGUCUGAAGGGCCUCUUCCUCCUGCUCACCGGUACUUUUUCCAUGCUGAUCCAAGGAUUCAGCAAUUGGUCCGCAGCAGACUCAGUAAUUUUUCUCCGCUAGGCAUCAACAAAGUGAAUCAACAAGCUAAUGCGUCAAAUAUCGAUUACAUGGGACAAUUUGGCAAUGGGGGAGCUUCUGCCCAGAAAGGUCCUGUUAAGAGCUCGACAAGGGGGAAUAACAGAUCAAGAAAUUUUUCUGCUGAGGAAAACUUAGGUGCUUCCGAAGGCUGGGUGGAUCCUAGAGCCAGAGGUGUUUCGCAGUUCAGCAAUGGAGAAUCUUCUAGAAAGAAAGCAACAAAGAGGAAUGGCUCUAAGAAGAACCAGACAAACAAAUCAAGUUCUUCGAAUGUUUCGCAUACUACUACAAACUGGGUGGAACCCAAGAGUCGCACCAGUAUACCAAAGGAUGCGGGCAAACGGCGUGUUCAAGCAAGUGGUCAAUCCGUUGGUCAUUGGUUUACAUCACCUGAAGGAAGAAAGGUUUAUGUCAACAAAAGUGGACAGGAGCUAACAGGCCAAGCUGCAUAUAGACAGUAUCGGAGGGAGAGUGGUGCAGGAUCCAGGAAGUCAAAAAAGAAAACUAGUGUCAAAAGGGAAAAUUCCAAGAAGAGAAACCGAAACAAUUGAUAGCGGAAUAUGUUUCUUCCCAACAUGGUUCACAUCCUGUAUAUUACUUUGUAGAUCCAAUUAGCAUUACCCAAUUAUAGGUUUGGUUGUGUUAAAUUUUCUAUAAGCUUCUCGUGUCAUGUUUUCAAAUGGUGGCAAGAGAACUAGCAAUCUAGAAUGCAGCAUCACCCUUCAUUCUUGUGUUGCUUCUGAAGUUUCAAUGCAAAAUAAUCAUCACAAGUGAUCAAUGUGUUGAGCUGAUAUCAAUUGCUCCCAUGAAAUGAAGUCAACUUGAGAUAUUGUUUCAAGUGGUCCAAAUUGAUGCUUUGGUUCCUUUUCCGUUC